GAGUCACCUCUUCAGGAGGUGCCCUUGUCGGUUCUGCACAAGCGUGCUUCCCCAUUGAAUCUGAGCCAUCAGAGCCUGGCACAUGGCCUGGACAGCGCCAGAAGGCUGGACGCCUUGGAGUGGUUGGUGCAAGCCUUUGAUGCCCUGGACCUCGCAGACGAGCAGCUCUUUUCGGCUAUUGGUUUGCUGGACCGCUUCGCAGCGAAUGCCACGGCACCCAUCGCGGCAGGCCCAGGUGCCUUCGCGCUGGUCCUGGCCGUGAUGCUCGUGGCUCUGAAGGUCUCGGGCUUCAAGAAGGAUCUGGAACGAGCCAGACGCCUGGUUGUGGAGGUUUCGGGCUCCUCGCGGCCCUGGGCCGCGGUGCGCAAGGCGGAGUUUAGCAUCCUCCGGCGCUUGGGCUUCCGCGCCUGCACGCCCACGGCCUUCGACCUGCUAGACCGCUUGCUCUCGGAUCUCUUCCCGUCCCUUGCACUGCGUCUCGCGGGCAACGCGUCGGCAGGGUCGGGCCCUAUGCCCUCGGCUGGAACCGAUCCAGCUAGCUGGGACCCGGAGUCCAAGCUGCGCUGCAGCAAUCUCGCCAGGUUCCUGCUAGAGAUGUGUGUGGUGUACGACCCCGAAGCAUUGUAUGGAUCUGGUCGCCCGCCCUUGGUCAGCGCUGUGGCCGCUUUGCUCCUCAGCCUCUUGUCUCAUUCUGCUCCCAGACACUACGCGCAGAUGAUGGCCGAAGCGGUCCAUCUCACCGAGUCCAAUCGCACGACUUUGAUGGAGAUCGCAGAGGCCAUGCGCAGCCGUUGGGUCAUGGUCAACCCGGCACGAUUUGUGGAGCUUUCUGUAGCCGAGCUGAUGCGUGCGUGCCGGAUCACAUCGUUUGCUUUGUCCUGCCUGCCAACCACCAACUCACGCGCUGAGGUCAAUCCCUAUAAUGGCUACGGCUCAAGUUUUCCACCUCACGACAAGCACCUAGCGGACCUAGCGCCUGGCUCUCGACAUGCGCUGGCCAUGGAUGAUCCUGACCGCCUGGUCGGCCGUCGUCUGUGGAGGAGCACUUUCUGCCUGGCACUUCAUCUCCAAGCGGGGCUUCAAGAUGGCACCUCAAGGGCUUUACCGCCAGGAGUUGCAGAGCUACUCUGA